CGCUGUGGUUGGACAGGAGUCUAUUCAGCAUACCUGGCUGGUAACACCUGGGACACAAGUGAGCUUCUUUCUACCGUAAACCUCCGCUCGGAUUUAACUUUUCUUGAGAAACUGAGGAAAACGAGGCUCUUCUUGCGCGUUUGCUUUUGACUUUUUUAUCGAAUGAACCUGAUAAGUGCAGCCAGGGGAGUUACAUGUAGGACCCGACAUGAGGAGCUGAGCCGCGACCCCGCCGUCCGCCGGUCACCACAAACAUACAAAACAAGCCCAACAGGUGUUCUCUUCUCUCUCUUUUUUUUCUUUUUAUUUCUUUCUCCCAUUUCCACAUCAUUUGAGCUGGAUAUUUCCUGUAACCAUGCUGGGAGCGGAGUGCAGACUGGACAGCCGGCUGAAGAAGCUGGAGGUUCUGAUGAAGAAUCCGCAGUCGGCGCUCAACUUUGAAACCCUGCUGGACUCCAUGAAUGCCUUGGCUCACGAUCUGAACUAUCCUGCCCUGCGGAAGAACAAAAACAUAGAAGCAUUUCUGAACAGAUAUGAUAAGCUGGUGAGUCAGCUGCGAGACCUGCAGGUGAAGCCCGAAGACUUUGAAAAAGUGAAGUUGAUUGGGAGAGGAGCCUACGGAGAAGUGAAGCUGGUCCGCCACAAGGCCUCGCAGAAGGUUUAUGCCAUGAAGCAGCUGAACAAGUUUGAGAUGAUCAAGCGGUCGGAUUCGGCCUUCUUCUGGGAGGAGAGGCACAUCAUGGCCUUUUCCAACAGUCCCUGGAUCGUCCAGCUCUGCUGUGCUUUCCAAGACCAUCGCCACCUCUACUUGGUGAUGGAGUUCAUGGCUGGAGGAGACCUGGUCACGCUCACCAUGAACUACGAUAUCCCCGAGAAGUGGGCCCGCUUCUACACGGCCGAAGUCGUGCUGGCGCUGGAUGCCAUCCACUCCAUGGGCUUCAUCCACCGCGACGUCAAGCCCGACAACAUGCUGCUGGACGAGCACGGACACCUCAAGCUGGCCGACUUUGGCACGUGCAUGAAGAUGGACUCGACAGGUAUGGUGCACUGUGACACGGCUGUGGGCACACCAGACUACAUCUCCCCCGAGGUGCUCCAGUCUCAGGGUGGUGACGGUUAUUACGGCCGGGAAUGUGACUGGUGGUCUGUAGGAGUUUUUAUCUACGAGAUGUUUGUUGGUGAAACCCCUUUCUAUGCGGAGUCCCUCGUUGGAACUUACGGGAAGAUCAUGAACCACCAAAACUCCCUCGUCUUCCCAGAUGAUGUACAAAUUUCCAAGGAUGCUAAAGACCUCAUCUGCGCCUUUCUCACCGACAGGAAGGUUCGUCUGGGCCGCACCGGCGUGGCUGAGAUCAAAUGCCACCCCUUCUUCAAGAAUGACCAGUGGACCUUUGACAACAUCCGUGACACUGUGGCUCCAGUUGUGCCGGAGCUGCAGAGCGACAUAGACACCAGUAACUUUGAUGACAUAGAAGAGGAUAAAGGAGAUGCUGAGACCUUUCCUCCACCCAAAGCCUUCGUGGGCAACCAGCUACCAUUUAUCGGCUUCACUUAUUUCAAGGAGAAUCAGCUGCUGAAGAAGAACAGCAGCAGCUCUGUGGAGGAUUCAGACGGCUGUGAGGAAAGCUCAGAGGAUAAAGAAAACAGUUUGGACGGCAAGAAAGAGCAGCAGAAAAAGCUUCAUCAGCUGGAGGAGCAGCUCAACCAUGAGAUGCAGGCCAAAGAUGAGCUGGAGCAAAAGUGCAAAAAUGCUACCCAUCGUUUAGACAAGCUGGUUAAAGAUCUGGACAAAGAGAUGAACAGCAGGCAGAGAGUGGAGGCCUCGCUGAGGCAGCUGGAGCGAGAGCGAGCUCUUCUGCAGCACCAGAGCGCCGAGAGCCUCCGCAAGGUGGAUAUCGAAACUGACAGGAAACGCAGCCUGGAGAACGAACUGAACAACCUGAAGGACCAGUUUGAGGAUCUGAAGAAGAGGAACCAGCACUCGCAGAUCUCUAAUGAGAAGAACGUCCAGCUGCAGAAACAACUGGAGGAGGCCAACGCGUUGCUCCAGGCUGAGCAGGAGGCAGCGGCGCGGCUGAAGAAGAACCAGGCGGAGGCGCAGAAACAAGCCCAGAGCCUGGAGGUCAGCCUCAGGGAGAUGCAGGGGAAGUGCAGCCAGCUGGAGGACGGCAAGAUGGAGCUGGAGAAGCAGCUGAGGGAGAUGCAGGCCGAGCUGGAGGAGGAGAAAAGAGACCGGAACCUCGGGACAGAAACUAUUACUGACCUGCAGGGACGAAUCUCUGGCCUGGAAGAACAGGUGAAAGACAGGAAAUCCUCUCUUUCCAAGGUCCGAACAGAAAAGAAGGAGCUGCAGGAGAAGCUCAAUGACCUUGAAAAGGAAAAGAACAACCAAGAGAUCGACCUGACGUUCAAGAUCAAGUCCCUCCAGCAGAGUUUGGAGCAGGAGGAGGCAGAACACAAGGCUACCAAAGCCAAGCUCGCUGAUAAAAGCACCAUCUACCAGUCCAUCGAAGAGGCCAAGUCCGAGGCCUUGAAAGCGAUGGAGUGCACCCUGCAGGAGGAGCACAGCCUGAAGCUGCAGCUGGAGUCCAAGCUGCUGCAGUUGGAGAAAGACUGCUCCAUGUUGGACUGUGACUACAAGCAGGCCCAGCACCAGCUGGAUGAGCUGCAGAAGCAGAAGGAGAAACUUACCGAAGAGGUCAUGCACCUAACUUUACGUCUGGAGCAGGAGAUCCACAAGCGCAGUUUGAGUCAGAGUGAUCUGAAGAUGCAGAACCAACAGGUGUCGGUGCUGCGCUGCUCCGAGAAACAGCUCAAGCAGGAGCUCAACCAGCUGCUGGACAUGAAGCAGAUCUUUGAGAAACAGAACCAAGAGCUGCGCAGAGAAAAGCAAGAGGCUGAUGGCCAGUUGAAAGAACUGAAGGACCAGCUGGAGACAGAACAGUAUUUCACAACCCUGUACAAGACGCAGAUCCGAGAGCUCAAAGAUGAGUGUGACGAGAGGAAUAAGCUGUACAAAGAGGCGCACCAGCGACUGGCACAGUACCAAGAGGAGAGGGAUUCUUUGGCCUCCCAGCUGGAAACCAGUCUGACCAAAGCAGAUUCGGAGCAGCUGGCUCGCUCCAUCGCCGAGGAGCAGUACUCCCUCCUGGAGAAAGAGAAAAUCAUGAAGGAGCUGGAGAUCAAAGACAUGAUGGCGAGACACAAACAGGAGCUCGGGGACAAGGAGGCCACCAUCAGCUCGCUGGAAGAAUCCAAUCGCACUCUGACGGUGGACGUAGCCAACCUGGCCAGUGAGAAGGAAGAGCUCAACAACCAGCUGAAAGAGAUGCAGCAGCAUCUCCACAAAUCCAGAGAGGAAGAGAAGCGUAUGAACUGUCUGAAACUGUCUUUUGAGAAGCAGCUGCAGAAUGAAAGGACUCUAAAAAUUCAGGCUAUAAACAAGCUGGCUGAGGUGAUGAACAGGAGGGAGACGGUGAAGGGAGGCCACCGGAGCAUCGACACCGAAGUGCACAGGAAGGAGAAGGAGAACAGGAAGCUGCAGCUCGAGCUGAGAGCAGAGAAGGAGAAAUUCAGCACCACCAUCAUCAAAUACCAGAAGGAGCUGACGGAUAUGCAGGCGCUGAUCGCAGAGGAGAACCAGGUGCGUCAGGAGCUUCAGAUGGCGUUGGACAGUAAAGACAGCGACAUCGAGCAGCUGCGGUGCCAGAUCACCUCCCUCAGCAUUCACUCUCUGGACUCCACCAGCAUCAGCAGUUGCAAUGACUUGGACCCUGCGGACGGAUACCCAGUACGCAUUACUCACUCUCACACCUCAGAAUCGAUGUCUUUCACCUACCAACGUACACACAAAUCUGUCCGCAUCGACACGCGGCCCAACCUUCGAUCGGCGCGCGCUCUCUUUGACUCUGAUUCUGACUCUGAGGAUGAAGAAGAUUACGACCAGAACGAGGAGCAGGGCCAGCGUCCCCUGGCUCUCGCAUAUGACUCGCCCUCCGAGCCUGAACCUGGAGACUCACGACUGGCGGGCUGGAUUUCACUUCCUACCAAGAACACAAAGCGAUUCGGCUGGGACAGAAAAUAUGUCGUAGUGAGCAGUAAGAAGAUCCUGUUCUACAACAGCGAGCUGGACCGGGAGCAAGCCAACCCUUUCAUGACCUUGGACAUUGAUAAGCUCUUUCAUGUCCGACCUGUCACUCAAACCGACGUGUACCGUGCAGAAGCCAGAGAAAUUCCAAGAAUAUUCCAGAUCCUGUACGCCAACGAAGGGGAGAGCAAACGCGACCAGGAAAUGGCGGUGGAGUCCACACCUUACAGCGAGCGUGCCUCUUACAUCAGCCACAAGGGCCACGAGUUCAUCCUCACCCUCUACCACUUCCCCUCCAGCUGUGAGGCCUGCACUCGGCCCCUGUGGCACGUCUUCAAGCCCCCGCCGGCCCUCGAGUGCCGCCGCUGCCACACCAAGUGCCACAAAGAUCACCUGGACAAAAAGGAAGAGGUCAUCGUUCCCUGCAAGGUGAACUACGACAUGUCCCUUGCCAAAGAGCUGCUGCUGCUGACCAGCUCCCCGGAGGAGCAGCAGCGCUGGGUCAGUCACCUCCUCAAACGCAUCCCGAGGAAACACCCGACCUUGAGUCCUCCCCCUGUAGCGCAGACCGCCGCUCACGAUGCAGCGCUGCGCUCGUCCCCUCGAAUGUCCCCGCGGCCUUCCCCCAAGAGCUCUCCUCACAUGUCGUCCCGUCAGGGCGCCAUCAAGGUUCAGUCCAGCAGGCAUCAGCAGACGUCAGGAAAGAGCAGGCUGCUUGAGUUUGGCCUGAAAGACUGGGGUUGGUCGUUGGAUGAUGUCGAUAAUGAUGAUGAUGAUGAUAUGUUCCUCUGAAGAAAGUGAAAAUGGAGGGACAGAGGUUAACCCUGGCUGCGUUUUCAACCCGACGCAGAUUAACGAUGGUGGUCUGGAUGCUGCUGUCUACGGUGUUCGUUCACACAAGCACUCCUGCAUCAUACUCGGAUACUUUCACAAAAGCUGACUACAGCCGGCUGGGAUUGUUUUUGUCUUUUUUUUUUUAAGAAGAGGAAAAUCAACAGUCUUCAUAUUGAAACUGCUUUAUUUCAUAGUCAUUAUUGGAUUCACUUAGUUUUAUUUAGUGUUUGUGAACAUUUGUAUAUAGCAUGGACACACUUGUUUGUGUAACACAGAACAUGUAGCUCAAAGUAUACAGUUGUUUUAUCUUUUAUGAAUUUAACAGCCGAGCUUAAUACAGUAUACUGUACAAGUGUCUUGUAAAUGUAUGAACACAGGUUUUUGAAUGGGAGUUUUGGGGGGGGGGUUCCUUUUAAGCCCUAAUGUCUUGGACUUUGUUCAUUAUACUAAUCCAGCGCAACAUGACACAAUAAUGUGAAAUGAACCAAAAUAUUGUGUUUCCUCUUGCCAUUCAUCGUGUGUUUAGAAUCCCAUAAUGCAGGAUUUGGUUGUCAUGCAUAAAAAAAAAAAAGAAAAGACUUGCUGUAUUUCAUUAA